CUUGUAUCCUCCUCCUCCUUACGCUCAGGCAAAGCAGUCUGACUGUGAAGCGCUGUCAUCAAUAGUAAACGCUGUUAAAUUCAUCCUCCCUGAUUCUGUACGUUGCUUUCUUUCUAGGUGGGUCAAUUGACAUGAAGUGUGAUCGUCCAGGCGACAGUGUCAGAUUGUGACACUGAAUUUUUUUCUCCCGUGGAUGCUGAUUAUGGCAAUGUCACUCCAUCACAAAUCACCUGCAGUUGCUCUUCUGCAGAAGAUUCAGGCUAGUGAAUUGGAUACUUUUGGCAGGCAAACUCUACAGUUACCUAUAAGUGGGGAUGGACCUCUAAAUGAAAUGUAUGUCGAAAAAAAUCGAGCAGGGACAAUGAAUUACCCAGAAGGUGGCUAUGAAUUUGCUGCUGCAGCUACACUGUAUAACCCAGCAAGUCUCAGCUAUGCAGCCUCGACUGACUCUCAUGGUUCCGGCAGCCUAGGAGGCCUUCACUCGCUUAACAGCAUGUCUCCAAACCCACUGGUGUUUUUACAGACAGCUCCACAACUAUCGCCGUUUGUCACCCAUGGACAACAGGUACCAUACUACGUGGAAAACGAACAAAGUAGCUGCAGCAGCUUUGGACUACGGGAGGCAACCCCGUCCACAUUUUACAGGAUUAAUGCUGACAAUAGGCGUCAACGGGGCAGCGACCACCUAUCGAGCACCAGCGAGCAGAGCAGCCCGUCAGCGGGAGCUCUCGAGUCCAGCAAGGAGACCCGAUACUGCGCUGUGUGUAGUGACUACGCCUCGGGCUAUCAUUAUGGAGUCUGGUCAUGUGAAGGUUGCAAGGCCUUUUUCAAGAGAAGCAUUCAAGGACACAAUGACUACAUGUGCCCUGCCACGAACCAGUGCACGAUUGAUAAAAACAGGAGGAAAAGUUGCCAGGCCUGCAGGCUGCGUAAAUGCUAUGAAGUGGGCAUGAUGAAAGGUGGCAUUCGUAAGGAUCGUAGAGGUGGGCGAAUGCUGAAACACAAGCGACGGAAGGAUGAGAAGGAUCACAUAAACAAAAGUACUGGUGUACCCCAUAGACCUCCCUCAAGCAGUGUGAGCUCAGCACAGAAGAAUGUAAAGCAGAACAUAGUCCUGAGCAUGACGUCUGAUGAAAUUCUGAACACCCUUAUGGAAGCAGAGCCACCGAUGGUUUACUCUGAGCAUGACCCAAGCAAACCUUUCACCGAAGCAUCCAUGAUGACUUUAUUAACUAACCUGGCCGAUAAAGAACUGGUGCACAUGAUCAUUUGGGCUAAAAAAGUUCCAGGAUUUGUGGAUUUAACCCUUCACGACCAGGUACAACUACUGGAAUGCUGCUGGUUAGAAAUUUUGAUGAUUGGUCUUGUCUGGCGCUCCAUGGAACAUCCGGGGAAACUCAUAUUUGCUCCAGAUCUGGUUUUGGACAGAAAUGAAGGGAAAUGUGUUGAAGGAAUGGUGGAAAUAUUUGAUAUGCUCCUAGCAACAGUAUCACGCUUCCGAUUGCUAAAGCUGCAGUGUGAGGAGUACAUCUGCCUCAAGGCCAUCAUCCUGUUGAAUUCUGGUGUGUUUCCUUUCCUCUCAAGUACGAUGGAGGCACUGAAUGACAGUGAGCAGAUUCAGAUAAUCCUGGACAAAAUCACUGAUGCUUUGGUUCACUUUAUCACCAGGGCAGGCCUCUCCCUGCAGCAGCAGUCUCGACGGCUGGCUCAACUCCUGCUCCUCCUCUCUCACAUCAGGCACAUGAGUAACAAAGGCAUGGAGCACCUGUACAGUAUGAAGUGUAAGAACAUUGUUCCACUCUAUGACUUGCUGCUGGAGAUGCUGGAUGCCCACAGAAUGCAUACGCCAGUGGACAAGAUGCAGUCUGAUGGAAAUACUCCAAACCCGAUGAAUAGAGGCAUGACAUCCUCCUCCUCUUCAUUAUCACUAAAGAAGACUGAAAGUUGUCCAGAUAAGAAAUGCUCAGCCCGCUGUGCUGUUUGAAGCAGAAAUGAAGCAAGUGAGGACAGGACAGUGGAUCUACAGAGUUGAAACUGGAUCAAAUCCUCAGCCACAAAAGUUGAAUCUGUUAUUUUUUUAUAAGUUCACAAUGUUAGAAUCAACCAGCUACCACAACCUUUACUGUGAGGCUUCAGGUUAAGCGGAUCUGCCUGAUAAUGGCUGGUUGGAUGAUCUUAAAUUCUGUGAAAAGUAGUAUGUGAUUUGUAUGAAAAGUGAUAUUACGGCAAAAAUGAACACAGUUGAAACCAAAGAAAUGUAAAUGUGCGUUAGUGAGUUGCAGUUAUUCUACUGUGCCAUAAAAGCUGUUUCUCUUGAAUGUUUUUCCUUUAACAAAAUAUUUAUAUUAUCUAAUUGGGACAUUUCAAGUAAAAUCUUCAUUUUAUAUGUUGGAAAUUAUAUUUUUUGCCAAAUGUAAUAAAUUUCAGUCUGUCCUAAUUACCAAAUGCAGCAGAGUCCAGUCAGCAAGAUUUAUUUGGACAACGUCCCUUAAUGUUUAUAGGCUCGGCUGCCUGAGGGGUGAGCGAACAACCCAAUUCUUGGGAUUAUUCCAAAGUCAAAAACUCCCCAUUCCAACCCCACCCCUAUCAUCCCUCGACAGUCGAGCCUGACCAUUGGCACUAAAUAAUUAUUCACUGUAAAUUCCAGCUUUAAAUGGCUUUUUUUAUGUUACACUUAUAUAUGUGAUGAAAUUCCACCCAUGUGAAUGUUUGCAUGAGAACAAAGUGUAAGAGUGACUAAAUGUAUUGUGUGAGCAAGGCAUUGAGGGUAAAAUGUUUUCUUUGAUAAUAAUCUGUAAGAGAAACCAUUGUCUGUGAUGUUAGUCUUUGUGUUACCCCAACUCAGCUCUGCUAAACUUUCCUCACAGCAAUGCACUCUUAAGUUACACUUGCAAAAUAAAUGUUUUGGCAUACUAGAUAUGCAGAGCAAAUUAUUUUCAGAUUUGUUUUAGGUUUUGGUGCAAAAAAACCGUCAAGGACAGACCCAAAGAUUGACAGUUAUUAAUCAAAGAGAAAAUAUAUAUUUUUGGAUUUGUUUUAAGCUGAUGCACAAAGAUUGUGUUGAAAAACAGAGCUCAGUGCUACUGGCAUUGAAACACUGUUGAAAACUAGGUCAACAAUUUUGACGAAUGUCAGGCACUGUGUAAGCUGCAGCUGUCCUAGGUUUACAUAAAUCAGAAAGUACAAACAAUCCAAUGAUGAAUAUAAAGAGUUAAUUCAAUGAAAAUUUUGAUUACAUACUUGUGCUGUAUUGUUCACUCAGCAUGAAAUAUGAAUGAGAAUAAUACAAAGGAUGACUUUUACAAAAUUGUGCCAGUGUUUUUGAGGGUUUGCCAUGUGUUAACAUGGUUACACCGUGUUUAGUGAGGUUUGCCGUUGAAAUUGGAUGUAAAUAUGGGAAUUGCAUUCUGGCAUUGCCCAGAUGUAGCAAUACAUAGUGGAGGAGACAGAUGCAGAUUGCACACUGAUGGAAGCUCGGUCUCGUUCCCACAUGCAACACUGGUGUUUCUAGUUUGAGACUCACAAGAGUUAGCCUCACCAAAUGCAAUUCAAAACAGAUCCUUCUGAAAAAUGCAAAUCUUACGAAGGAGCACAUGAUUUAUCACUUUACUGAGUAAACAAAGUUCUUACGGUUAUAUAUUUACAUAAUUCAUACUAGGCACUACCUUACUGAAAUGCUAACUAGAUUGACAUUAAUUGUUUGUACUACCUAUUGUAAUGCACUACCUAUUAAAUAAUGGUAGCCCUUUUUUCUCAAGAAGGGUUUGGCACUUUGUAGCACCAAAAAGUGUUUUGUAAUACUUUUCUUUUUAUUCCUUCUUAAUACAUUAUUUCAGCUGACACUGUUCUUUGUAAUUUUUUUGUGUGAUUUAAUUUAGGAAAAUCUCAUGCAUGUGGAAUGAUUUACCUGCAUAUUGAAUGCGUGAAAUAAAGUUGUGACUUAA